AUGACGGUCACCGUGUCACCCGUGAUUUCAACUGGAAGGUGCUCCGGGCUCCGCUGGGAGGAUUCUGGAUGGAUUGCUUUUCCAGAUAUCCCCAGAGACUUUGGUCUGCUUUUGCUGGGGUGCAUCGGCGCCGAAAAGCUCGGAAUGCUGCGGGAGGGAGUUGGGAACUACACAUGGACACGUAAGCACAUUCACAAACUGUGGCUGGCUCCACCUUUCCGUACCCACGCUACUUACCGCUACUUUCUGUCCAUCUACGUGGCGUUCGUGGAGGAAGUGAAGAAGCAGUGCGCCGACAUGGACGCCCAGUGGGACGAGCGCCAGAAGACCCGCGCGGAGGAGACGGAGGCGAUCUCCAAGGCCGUGGAGAUCUUGGACGCGGACGAAGCGCAUGAGAACUUCGCCAAGACCUUCAGCUUCCUGCAGGAGUCCGAAGAAUCCUCCCGGGUGUCCAAGGCGGCCGCCGCUCUGGCGAAGGCCAAGGAUCCUCGCGUUUUGAGCUUGGCGAUGCAGAUGAAGAUUGACAAGUUCACCAACGUCAAGAAGGCCAUGGAUGACAUGGUCUUUGCCCUGAAGAAAGAACAGGCCGAUGAGGUGAAGCAGAAGGACUUUUGCGUGGAAGAGUUCCGCAAGAAUCAGCUGCAGACAGAGGACAAGACACGUACCAAGGAAGCUCUGUUGGCAAAGGAGCAGGCCAUUGAUAUUGCCAAACCAAAGAGUGACAUCGAAACCCUGCAGGGCGAGAUCGCUGACAUGAAGAAGCAGCUGCAGUUGGCCGGGCAGAACCGUGAGAAGGAGAACGCCGAGUUCCAGAAGGUCAUCGAGGAGCAACGUCAAACCCAGAGCCUGCUGAAGGAGGCACUGACCGUCCUGGGCAAGUUCUACAACAAGGGCGCCUUUCUGCAGGGCAGCCAGCAUGCGCCUGAGGCACCUGGAGGCUUCAAGGAUUACAAGGCCAACGGCAAGAGCUUCGGAGUGAUGUCCAUGCUGCAGCAGCUGGUGGAAGAUGCAAAGGCCAUGGAAGCCGAGGCCGUGCGCGCUGAGAACAGUGCCCAGACAGCUUACGAAGCCUUCGCAAAGGACACCACCGAGUCCGUCACCAAGAAGGAGAGCUCCAUUUCCAACAAGAAGGCGUACAAGGCCAAACUGGAGAAGACCUUGGUGCAGACCCGCGAGUCCCGGGAGGGCCAGGAGAACGAACUCGAGACGCUGGCGACGAAGUUGGCCGACCUGCACGAAAGCUGCGACUUUCUGAUGAAGAAUUUCGAUGCGAGGCAGACCGCCAGGGAAGAGGAGAUGGAUUCUGUGACGAAGGCCAAGGCGGUCCUCUCAGGUGCCAACUUUGCGGAGAUUCAGCUCGACUGA